CCUCCCCCGGUCCGUCCGUCCCCCCCGUCCGUCCCCUCCCGCCGCCGAUGGCGCCGCGGUUCGGUCCGCUGCAGCUGGGGCUGGCGGCGGCGGGGACGGCGGCGGCGGUGCUGGACGUGUGUGUCGACGGGUGGGUGGCGGCGGAGUACGCCUGGGGAGGGCAGCCCGGCUUGGCCGCCUUGGUGCUGGCUUUGCUGGCCAUCGCUUCGGUGGCCACGCAGGCCUGCAGCUGGCUCUGGCUCCGCUCCGACCCGCCCGCUCUCCGCCCCGACGUGCCCCAAUGGCUGGUCGCCGUCCUCCAUCUGCUCCAGCUCGGCUUCCUCUUCAGGUGCCUCCACGCUCUGAGGGUGGGCUGGAAGGUGUGCUGGGAGAAGGCGGAGGAGGAGGAGGAGCAGAGCCGUAUGGCCUUCCUCUCCCACGACAUCAGCAUGCUGCGCCUCUUCGAGACCUUCCUGGAGAACACCCCACAGCUCACCCUGCUCCUCUACGUUAUCCUGCAGACGGACAAGGCGGAGCCCUCCCAGGGACUGGGGAUCUGCACUGCGUUCCUGUGUGUGACCUGGUCUCUGCUGGACUACCACAAGUCCCUCCGCUCCUUCUUGCAGGACAAGUACGAGCUGAGCCGGCACUCCUCCAUCGUCUACUUCCUGUGGAACCUCUUCCUCAUCUGCCCCCGCAUCCUUGUGGUCGCCCUCUUCGCCCUGCUCUGGCCCUACAGUGUGGCUGUCCACUUCCCACUCGUGUGGCUGGCCAUGUUCCUUUGGGUCAGUCUCCAGGGCACGGACUUCAUGGAGUCGCCCGGCCCCGAGCAGCUCUACCGCGCCAUGGUGGCCGUGAUCCUCUACUUCAGCUGGUUCAACGUGGCACAGGGAAGGACGCUGUACCGCAGCAUCAUCUAUCACGGCUUCAUCCUGGUGGACAGCACGCUGCUGGCCUUGUCCUGGCUCUGGUGCCAGUACCCCUCUGAGGAGCACUCGUACCUCGUCCCGCUGGUCUCUGCUGCGCUGCCCUGCUACCUGCUGGGGCUGGCACUGAGAGUCGCCUACUACAAGUGGCUGCACCCCAACCUGCAGAUGCAGCAGGAAGGCAGCUAUGACGUGGUGGAUGCCAACGGCAGGACUGACGGGCUGGAGUUCCGCUCGCUCUCGGUGCCGGACCUCGUGAACAGGCGGAUGCAGUGGCUGGCCCAGGCCCAGUUCCCCAUCUCCUGGACAGUGGGGCAGCGCUUCCCGAAUGUGGCUGCUGCUCUUGAGUCUGCUAUCUGAGGCCGGCUCCUCCAAAGUGACUUGCUGGGGAGAUGAUAGAUUUGUUAGCCCUGCUCCUGCUUUGGCCCCCCCAGGCAGCUGGAGGGACCUGGCAGAAACCAGGGGUGAUGCGCAAGCACCCAUCGAGUCCCACGGCACAGCUCCCGUGGCUGUGCCCUCGGGGAGAGCCACAGUGUUCAUGGGGGGUCCAGCAUGUUGUGGUCAGCUUCUCUUGUUAUUUAUUAUUAGCCUUUUUAAAAAAAAAA